CAUGGAUGAUGAUGAGGACGAUGUGUUUGGUAAUAGUUCAUACUGUUGGCGAUCCUCCUUUAGACAGGUAAAGCAGGAAGACAAAGCGACUCAGACACCCAGCCACUCACAGGCACAGUGUAACAGCAUGCUGCCCUGCGGCGUGAGGGAAGACCCCAGACGACUCUUCUAUGGUCGUGCAGCACUACUACUGUGUUCACCUGGACUGUCCCUGAGGCCAAGGGGUGAGGCUGUGUUAGAGGAGGAACCCUGGAGGAUGGAACAACCAGAUCAGGAGCCUGCUCUAGCUAUGGAGGCCCAGAUUGGACAGAAACUUCAGAUGAUUGGAGACCAGUUUCACCAAGAGCACAUGCUGUAUCAGCAAAACCAAAGGAACCAGCAGCCACUUUGGUUACAACUGGCCUUAGCAAUAUACUCACAUCUAUUUGAGCAGGAGUUUGUAUUCCAUGGAGGAAGGAAUGACCAGAGAUGA